AGCGUACUCCUGUUGCAACCAUUGCAGCCAUGAUGCCUGUCACAGCUUUGAUGCCUGAUGAUACGCCGAUGUUUGACCCGAAUAUCCUUCACGAGCUUGACUGGAGCAAGAACACUGCAAUGUUUUCUCCUGCCAUUUCUCCAUUAGAUCCAGGGGACGGAUUAGUUAUGAGACCUCUCUGCACUGCUGAUUUAAAUAGAGGAUUUUUUAAGGUUCUGGGUCAGCUGACGGAAACAGGAGUGGUCAGCCCGGAGCAGUUUAUCAAAACCUUUGAACACAUGAAGAGAUCUGGAGAUUACUACAUUACUGUCGUGGAAGAUACAAAUCUAGGGCAGAUUGUUGCUACAGCAACACUGGUUAUAGAGCAUAAAUUCACUCAUUCGUGUGCAAAGAGAGGCAGGAUAGAAGAUGUUGUGGUCAGUGGGGAAUGCAGAGGAAAGCAGCUGGGCAAACUCUUAAUGUCUACCCUUACAUUGUUAAGUAAGAGACUGAACUGUUACAAAAUUACUCUGGAGUGUCUGCCAAAAAAUGUGGCUUUCUAUAAGAAGUUUGGAUAUUCAGUAUCUGAAGAAAAGUACAUGUUUCAACGGUUUUUCGAUUAAGAAAUUCUUCUAGCUCAUCUUUUGUAAAGACUGUUGGUGAAAGAUCCUGCGCUACAACCUUUUUUUUUUUUUUUGGUGGAAAAUUAAAAUAAUUUCUUGCUGCAAAUACAGUGACCCUUAUAGAUACUGGACAACAAAUUGUGCAGAACCUGCAACCUUACUGACAUUGUAGAAGUUUUCUUUGGGGUGGGAAGAUGAGCUGGUUAGAACUAAUUUUACUACUGUUCAGUCGGAGUGAAGCUUUUUUUGUUCUUAGCUGGGUUCUGAGAGACUAUUAUAAAGGGGAUGGUUUUUAACCAAAGGUAUAUAUUUUUAUCUCAAAUUUUUUCUUGUCUCGUAUUUUUCUAACGUUUUGCGCUUAUUUCCUUGGUAGUCAAAAUGCAGGUAGCAGGGUUGGGCUUCUGCCUGCGCAUCCCUGGGGAAAAGGUAACUUGUAUAGGGACGCUUUGUAUUACAUAAACAGCAAAGCAGAAUAGUACUAGUUUAACUUCAACUGUGACUCUAAAUGCUGGUGACAUGAAUGUACAGAAAGCUUCCUAGGCAUCAUCUUCCCAAAAUUCAACUAUGUGCUUCCCUUGCAAUCUAUUCAGUGCAGGUUGUGUACUGUAGAUAAUUACUGGUUUUGCUACGGUUGAUAUUCCAGAAAUAUACAAUGUAUUCCAAUGGCCAACUAAAUGAAUAAGAAUUCAAGCCCUGUCCUUUAGUGACUACCCUGAAGCUUUCACAGCGGUGAGUUAUUAAUCUGUGAAACAGACCCAAAGUUGUAAUUGCCUAAAGUGUAAAACAGUUCCUAUCUUUGGUGAGACUAUCCUUGUUUCUAUUCUGCUUAGAAGUAAUGUCAUUCGAGGACAGGAGUUUAACUCCUGCCUCUGAAAAGGCAGUGACAUGUUCAGUCGGACUGACUUGCUGUACUUGAAUUCCACUGGGCCAGGUCUGCAGUCUUUGAGGCUAACUGCUUGUGCAUAUUUUGUAAAGAAAUCCCAAAUCCUGGUCCAAAUGGCUUGAUGCUGCUUUGGCUCACCCUUUCUGCUAUUAACAUUGGAUAAAUUAUUUUUAGCACUUUUUGCCACUGAGAGAAAAAAAAAGAAAA